AUGUUAUUAAUUGAAUUAACUAUUGUAGAUACGUUGCAUCGUUUUUGGAAGAAAGAGCAUGAUUGGGGCUGGAAAAAAUUUAUGGAGCUGUCAAAAGUGUCGGAUGGGUUCUUAGAUGCUGCUGACACUCUCAUUAUAAAGGCUCAAGUCCAAGUCAUCAGGGAGAAAACAGACCGGCCUUUUCGUUGCCUAGACUGUCAAUAUAGGAGAGAGCUUGUGAGAGUAUAUCUGACAAAUGUAGAGCAGAUCUGUCGGCGCUUUGUAGAAGAGAGACGGGGGAAGCUUGGUAGAUUAUUGGAGGACAAAAAUAGGUGGUCAAGCUUUUGUGCUUUCUGGUUGGGGAUGGAUCAAACUUCUCGGCGCCGUAUGUCUAGGGAGAAGAUGGAUGUUAUUCUUAAAGUAGUUGUAAAGCAUUUCUUCAUAGAGAAGGAAGUUACAUCAACUUUGGUGAUGGAUUCCUUGUAUAGUGGGUUAAAGGCUCUUGAAGGGCAAACUAAGAACAAGAAAGGAAGAGGGAAGUUAUUGGACACUGAAGAAAUCCCAGCUCCUAUUGUACGUGUUGAAAAAGAUACAUUUGUUUUAGUGGAUGAUGUGCUGCUAUUACUUGAGAGGGCUGCUGUGGAACCCUUACCUCCAAAGGAUGAGAAGGGCCCUCAGAAUCGCACAAAGGAUGGGAAUUCAGGGGAUGACUUUAACAAGGAUUCUAUUGAGCGUGAUGAAAGGCGCCUUACAGAAUUGGGCCGUAGGACUGUGGAAAUAUUUGUUCUUGCUCACAUCUUCAACCAUAAGAUUGAAGUUGCCUACCAGGAAGCUGUUGCUUUGAAGAGGCAAGAAGAGUUGAUUCGUGAAGAAGAGGAAGCAUGGAUGGCUGUGAGCGAACAAAAGGCUAAGCGUGGUGCAACUGAAAAGGAAAAGAAAUCUAAGAAAAAACAAGCUAAACAGAAACGCAAUAAUCGUAAGGGGAAGGAAAAAGGGAAGGAAGCCGCAGCAGCAUUAGACAACCACCUGGAAGAGAAUGCUAACAGUGUUUCCCUUGAGGAUGAGGCGCAACCUAUGGACGAGAAGCCUGAUGUGCCAGAAGAUGCCUCUGAUGUUUCUGAUUCAGUCGAUGGUGCUGGUGAACCGCUCCAGCUUGAUUCAGAAGACAGAGACGUUAGUCCUGUAAAUUGGGAUACUGAUACCUCAGAACUUCAUCCGCCCACUGAAGCCAGCAGCAGUGCGGCUAGUGGGUUAUCAUCAGUUGCAAAUGGAGCUGCUGAGAAAAGAGGUGUAUCUGCGAUGGAUGACAGUUCAUCAACAUGCUCAACUGAUUCGGUGCCCUCUGUAGUUACAAAUGGACCCUACAAAGGAAGCUCAUUUUCAAGCUACCAGUGUGAAAAGUCACCUAGCAGGGGGAAAAACCACCGAGGUAAGAUGACAUGUGAUGGGAGUUGGGGUUCUGAAGCAGAUAGUCAGCCCUCUGGUUCUGCAAUAGACUCGGAAGAUCUUAAUGCUGGAACUGGAAGUGGCAAGUCUAAUGAAUGUGUGUCUCAGGCGGCUGCCCGUACUUUGCAUGAUACAACAACUAGAGCUGAGCAGCAUGUCGUUAAAAAGGAGGAGAAAGUUGCAUCACCAUCCAAGAAACCAAGCACCAUGAAAGUUGUUGAGUUGGAAAAGCACUCUAAAGAGAAGACAACAUCAAUACAACCUUCACCAGCUACCCGUUCUAAAAGUCCUGUUCCUGCCAUUCCAGCUAAACCAGAAAAGAAAAUAUCACCUACGGUAGAUACUUCUGCACAAGUCAAGAACAACAUAUCUACACCUUCAUCACAACCGGCAGCUGAGAAAGGACCAGCCGGUGCCCACAGCCAAAAUCCAAGUCCAUUGCUCAGACCUGAACCCCACAAUGCUUCCUCAGCUCCAAAGUUGUCCGAUAAGCCAACACAACAACAGCAAGUCCCUGUUGUUUCAAGGCCCUCAAGUGCUCCUCUGGUUCCUGGACCUAGACCGGCUACUCCUGUAGUAUCCUCAAAGGUUCAAACAAGUCCAUCAAUUUCUCGGUCAGUGAGUGCAACCGGACGUUUGGGUCCGGACCCUACCUUGACCUCACAAAGCUAUAUCCCUCAGUCCUACCGGAAUGCCAUUGUUGGAAACUCUGUUGUCGCAACUUCAACCAGUUACAGUCAUCCCAGCUCACCAAGUUCUGCUAGGAAUUUGUCAACAGCACCCCCACAACAGAACUCAGUGCAAUCUGGUUACCCUCCAUUUGCAAUGAUGGCGUCAAGGGACGUGUUGCAUAACGGACAUCAAUGGAUUGAGAGUUCUUAUCAGAGGGAUUCAAGCAGAGGUAUGCACUAUGACUCUUCUCCUUCGUCAUCCUUGCUUAAUGGAAUUCAGAACCUCGACUUGUACAACCAUGCUCACGGCAACAGCGGGGGAUCCCGAGGGGAUCAGUUCCCUGCAGAGUUGCCGGCCUCCACAUCUGGUCGUCAGCAUCAAGUUGGUGUUUCGACAGAUGAGUUCCCGCAUCUAGAUAUCAUCAACGACUUGCUAGACGACGAGCAUGUUAUUGGGAGGACUGCUGAAGGAUUCCACCCUUUCGGCAACAACGGACCUCACUACUUGAGUAGACAGUCAUCUUUCCCCAGUGAUCUGGGAGCAUCCGGCGGUGGUGAUCUAUGUUCCUCACCCAGCAGCAGUUCAUGCAGAUUUGAGAGGGCAAGGAGUUACCAGGACGGGGUGUUCCAGAGAGGGUACAGUUCUUUCGGAGGGGGGCCGUAUGACUCCAUAAGGGACUACAUCCCACAGGGUAAUAGUCUGUUGCCUUACAGUAAUGGGCAGAUGAUGGAUGGCUUGGUCUCUAACCUGUGGCAUAUGUCGAGUACUGAUCUUUCGCUAGGUGGGACGAGAAAUUCGGAGGGUGAUGGCUCGUCGGCCUACUUCAGCCCCGACUACUCGAAUCUGGCCAGUGGGGUGAAUGGGUAUACAGUGUAUCGGCCGUCGAAUGGACACUGAGAUGAGGGAAAUGGUGUGGAGAAGCGGAAGUACCAGCCAGAUUUAAGAGUCUGGGGUUGGUGAUUAUCUGCUUGUAAUAAUGUGAGAGGGUCCUUAGAUUGGAGUGAUCAGUGAUGGAUGGAUGGAUGGUUGAGGUUGUAUUCUUCUUUUUUCAUAAGGAAUACGUUCUGUAAAGAGUCUUCUUUUCUUGCUUUGUGCUUUAUUUAUAUGCCUCCAACCCUUACCAAGCUUUGUUUUAGUGUUGCUAUGACGAGGCUUUCAUUUCAAUACAGCAGCCUCUUUCUCCCUCACUCCCUUUCUCUGAUUCAAUUUUUCUGGUUCC